AUGGCGACAAUGUUUACACUUCCAUCCCUUCCCGUGAGCCACCGGAAACUCCCCGGCUGGAUCCAGAGCAAGCCCAAGGUCUCAGUGCAUGAGAUUGUGCAACCCUAUAACGAAUAUGACGCGGUCGUACGCAAGCUCUUUGCUCAAGAGCCAUCUCAUUCCCUUCUCGAAGAUACUCAUCUCAAUGUUGUGCCUCUGUAUAACGAGCACGACAAGGCUGAUAUCCGCGUGCGAGCACGACAAGUCGAAUCGGAGUCUCCGCAAACGAAAGAGAAGUAUAUCAUACCGCUGAAAGAUGGAGAUCGCCGGCCCACCGGUUCCCCAGCAGUUGUUCCAAGCUUGCAGGAAUUCUCCAAAAACUUUACCAUCUUCUCUGAGGGCGCUCUGAGUGACCUCGACUGGUCGAAUGUGGUGGUCGCUGGAAGUGCUGUCGUGACUUGCUUACUACCCGUUCCUGAACAGUACAAUGACUCGAAACGUUCGCUGCGCAAGUUCUACCAUGAGAAGAUUGCGCCCGCAUCCGACGUUGAUCUUUUCCUGUAUGGGCUGGAUGAGCAGCAGGCCCUGGAUAAGAUCAGGCAGAUCGAAGAACGGAUCAAGAACACCAUCCUCUACGAGACGACCACGAUCAGAGCCAAGAACGCGAUCACAAUCGUCUCGCAGUAUCCAACCCGCCAUAUUCAGAUUGUCCUGCGGAUCUACAAGUCGGUAGCGGAAAUUCUGACGGGGUUCGAUGUAGACUGCUCCUGUGCCGCCUUUGAUGGGAGACAAGUCUAUGUCUCGCCCCGCGCCCUGGCGUCUUACAUUACGCAGAUUAACACCAUUGAUCUAACGAGACGCUCGCCAUCCUAUGAGAAUCGUCUUUCGAAGUAUUCUCAUCGUGGGUUUGAGAUCUUCUGGCCCGAUCUCGAUCGAUCACAAGUUGACCCGACUAUCUUCGAGCGAAGCUUUACAAGAGUAGUUGGCUUAGCGCGUUUGUUGGUCCUUGAGAGAUUACCCAAGCAAUCCGACCGAGACUCCUAUAUUGAACAAAGGCGAGAAGAACGUGGCCGGCCAGCACCCAAGGGCGACACAUGGUGGAAGAAUAAGCAACAUGGUGAUCUAAAGAGCGAUUGGGAAGAUGAGGUCCCGGAGUGGGAGGCUGAUGAGGUUGUCUCCUCGUACGAAACAUUCAGAAUCCCCUACGGGCCCAGGUAUAAUGCAAGGAGGAUCGAGCGGCUCAUCUACGCCAAGGACCUAUUACUUAAUGCCGAGUGGAACAAGAAAAAGGAGAGACAGGUGAACCUGCACCGGCAUCCUGCUUUCUUCGGGAAUGUGGACGAUGUAAUUCAAGACUGUUGCGGUUUCUGUCCGAAGCCGGUGACACCAGAAGACUUUGAAGUCGCAGGAAAGGAGAGUAAGAUUUAUGUCUCCGGGGAGGUCUCAUUCAUCAAGGAUGACCCGGGCCGACAAGAGAUCGGAAGUUUCAACCCGACUACAGAAACCGAUGAGACACUACUAACGUUUGAGACAGAUAUGGCUUAUUUUGGGCACACAGAAGUACUGUGUCAGGCUAUUGUGGACUGCGAUUUGGACAAGGUGCAGGAAUAUGUGUCGACAGACGCAAUGAGUAUAAACAGUCGCGAUUGUACGGGCAGGACACCGCUACAUUUAGCUUGCAUGACUUCAACGUCGUCGAUUGUACAAUGCCUUGUCGACCACGGCGCACGGCUUGUGUCAAGAUUAGCAGAUGGCCGGACCGCCCUGCACCUAGCCGCUGCUAGAGGGUCUGUCGAUAUGGUUCGUAUCUUACUCAGAAAAAGUGAGCAGAACGAAGAAGCAUGGGGCGCUCGCAAGACGCAGAUUGAUGAGGGGAAUGACCUUGGUUCUGCUGAAGAAUCAAAGUCUUGCACUUCUGGGUCUUUCGUUAAGGUCGAUGAGAGCCCUGAUCGGGAGAUCAACGAUCCUCUUUCGGUCGAAGACGCGGAGGAUGAACCUGAUAUCUACGACAUAAAUGCCGUCUCCUGGGAUAACCAUACCUCCGCUCUUCACCUGGCUAUCCUCAAUGGUCAUGCUGAAGUGGCCCAUGAGCUCGUAUCUUCCUUCGGGGCCGAUGUGCUUCUGCCAGUGAAGCUGGUUCAUGAUUAUAACAACAGCCCCAGAGCAGCUAUUUUGACUUUGGUCCUUGUGCUCAAUUUAGAACCUAAUCAGGCAGCUAGAAUGACCAAGACCCUUCUACAGCUGGGUGCUUCGCCAACACAAGCAGAUAUGGACAAUGCGACUCCGUUGACUUACAUGGCUAGCUCUCGGCAUAACAAUCUUCUUGAUGUCUUUUUGAUCUACAGUGGCCCCGCGACUCGAAAGGCAAUCAACUAUUUUACUUGCAAAUGUUGUUCCUGGUACCCCCAGAUUUAUUCUCCACUCCUUGCAUCGAUCAAUUUCAGGAACCUUGAAUAUGCCAAUAUGCUGCUACAGGCUGGGGCGAAUCCUUCCAUACUGUUUGAACAAUUUGUGAAACCUGGUCAAGGUGUAUACGAGCAGAUCCGGGAUGGCACAAAUCACAGACUCAAUGAGAUAUUCCGACACGGGUUGACACAGCCCGUGAUGUUAGCAGUUCAGCAGCAGUUACCUCUACUAGCUCUCAGCCUCUUAGAGCUUGGAGCAGACGCCAACACACUUACGCCGGCCUCAUACAAGGCUCAAGAUGAGGACCGGCGGCUGGCUAUCUAUGAGAGUGGAAUGUCUUUGCUAGACUGCGUUAAAGACAACCUCAAGGAACUACGUGCCCAUCUUGGAGACAAAUCACCAAAUGAACUCCAGCGGACUUAUAGCUUCAUGGAAGAUUAUCUAUCUGACCUCGUCGAGGAUACAUAUCAAUGGUGGGCGACAAGAAAUGUUGUAUGGAAUGCGAAAAGGCAGAAUUGUUCAAGGUCGCGCAGGGCCAAGCCCGACGAGACUUCACAGCAAAAAGGCCAGGCGGAAAAGGACCUAGCUGUUCAAGCGCUAAUCUGUGAUUAUGAGAAGCUGGAAGAAGCUUUGACUGCCAGAGGAGCAAAGCCUCUACGGGAAUUAUACCCGAAACUCCUAGCGAACGAGGAGGAUGCGACAGAGCCUGCUAAGCCUAAGCUUUUCAAGGCCAGGUUGACCUUCACCAACAUAAGAGACAUGACCGCGAAGAAACACAAGGCUUAUAUUGACCUAUUCCAAGCGGCUUGGGCUGGCGACUUGGAAACUGUCAAAUACCUCACCUUGACAAUUGGAGAUGCGGAACAUGACCAUCUGCCGUUACAGAUUGCUGUGCUCGAUCAGCAUGGGUUCUCUCCGUUCUCUAUCGCAGCCCUCCGUGGCCACCGCCAGCUGGCUAAGAUUGUUCUCGAGAUCGCACAAGCUCAGUACAAACUGGAAGAGCCAGAUGUUCACGAAGUCUACGACUUGGACAUGGAAGACGAAGAUAUGUCCUCCGAUGAAGACAGCGACAAUAUUCGUUUUCGCAAGGAUGUCGUCGACAACAGAUUCACUAUCGAGGACAUAGGCGAGGUGGCGGGACAAGUCAGGAGUGAGAUCUCCGCAUACGACAUGUUUCUUUGGAACUUUCAGGGAUCUAAGUUCCUGGCGGCUCAAAACAUCAGGGACGCGGAGGCCUUAGACAACGGUAGUGGUUUAUCUCAAGAUACAUCUGAAUGUCCAAAUGGCCUUGUCGAGUAUGCAAUCUGGGUCAAUGAUGUUGAGUUGCUACGUUUCCUUCUGAAGUUGGGUCAGGAGUUUGUCCAAGUCAAGACAUCGGGAGAUGCGAAGAUUUACAGAGUGACCAAUGGAGUCACACAGUUCGCGAUGCGCAAGGGACACACGGACUGUCUUGAAGAGUUGCUUCGCAACACGGGCGCUGAUCUACCUAUUGACAUUAUGCUUCAGUCAUGCGGCAUCGACAUCAAAAAGAAGCCCAAAUACUAUCAAGGGCUGUCCAUUCAUGGCAAAAAACGGGCAGACUGGGCGGCGGCGGGCAGAGGGAAUGAGACCUCACCCAGAACUAGCAACCACCCACUCCUUCUCGCUGCAUUUCAGGGAAACCUGAAAAGUGUUGAGUGGUAUCUAAGCUCAGCACCAGAAAGGCUGUACAGUGAAUUCAUCACCGAGCACGAACAAGAGCCGAGAUUGAAGUUGUUGGCCCAACAGGGAGAUAGAAUGACAGCUGCUCUCACAAAGUGGCUUUCGUCCAAGAAUCACCUUCUCCUACACUGUGCAGUGCUAUCAUAUACAACAGAGGACUCGACCAGCUUGGUUAAAUACCUCGUCCAGCGUGCUCCUCAAUAUCUAGAAACCAAGUCAGCCGGUGGUUACACUCCAUUAGCACUCGCAUUUGCCCUUCAUCGGACAGAAUUCGCCCAGAUCCUCAUCGAUGCAGGUGCAGAUCAAACCACCCGCGACAAAAAAGGCAACAACCUCAUCCACCUGGCGCUGUGCGACGCGCAAGUUCGUCCCCGCUUAGUAGAUGAUAACAUUGAACAGCUUCUCAAAUUGCUCGACGCGCGCCUCGCCUCUUCGUUGCUCACCGAACGUUCCUCCGACCACCCAGGGUCUCUCACCCCCUUUGCACGCUGGCUCCAUUCCUGUGGAAGUCGGAGACAUUAUGCCAGACCUAACUACGGUCGCAAGGUACCAGACAUCCUGGCCACUGCACGCUGCGUCCUCAAUUUCGCGCGCCCAAUCAACCAGAAAUUCCUGGAGAUGUUCGACGGCGCAGGCAAUACCCCGCUCCACGAAGCGGUUCGCUUCCAAUACCCCGGGCUGUUCAAGCUUUUGCUGGAGUAUAGACCCGAUCUGCUGUUCCGCGAGAACGCGGUGGGGAGUACACCUCUCGAGCUCGCGACCGAUAGCUGGGUGACCCAUGUAACCUCGCGCUGCCCUCCAAUACACCCGUCAGACCCGAGUCAAUCCGGAAUCCAGGACCCCGAGACGAAAUGGGUGUUUAACCGCUCGCCCGAGACCUUCGCCCCGGGAUACCGUGCCCCGGAACAUCCAAAAAUAACCAUUUACAAGAUCGCUCGUGAGCAGGCUGAUAGCAACCCUCGCAAGAGACGCUUAGUCAGUCUGAAUGAGGCCACAGAGGUAACGAAGAGACUUGCUUUGCGGAGUGAGAGGAAGGCCAAGGAUGAGAGUGAGGAUGAUGGCGAAGAUGUUGGUGAUGAAGUCACGCGUUAUUAUGGGAUGCGGGUCUGA